GGCAAAUCGAUGUUCUAGUAAAGGAACAUUAAAGUACAAUUUGCUUGUCAUAAAACGAGUCCUUUCUUACAGUCGCCUUUGUAAGUAAAGUUGACGAAAUGACGAGUGAAUUUAAGGAAACACUAAAACUUUUUCUAACUGUAUCUAAAAUCGUUGGAUUAAUUAAUUAUUGUUGUGUAAUGGAAUCUGGAUUAUUGUACCGGAAUUUUAAAUUAACGUAUCAGUUAUUUCUUGAAUUGAUUCGAAUGUUUGUGUACUUAAUUAUUAGUUAUCAUGUAAUUUUCAAUGUGAGAUUAAGAUACCUAAUAUGUCAUUUUAACAUUAUUAAAUAUUGGGCUAUUGUCAUUGCAGCAAGAAUAUCGGAGAAAUGGAUAAUAAAGUUUAUUAACGGUAUUAUCGAAUUCGACCGCAAACUGUUUUUAUUAAAUUCAUAUUAUCCUGUUAAAGUGUAUUCGAAAAGUAAAAGAUUUUGGAAUAUUUGUUGUGCUUCUUUUAUCUUGUUUUUUAUGUUUUGUCAAAUUUUUAUUUUUAAAUUACGUGGUAAUGAUAUUAACGACUUUUCUCUUUAUACAAAAUUCUUGUUUCAUUCGCCAGAUGUUAUUACCUUCGUAGUUAUGAUUACAUCGCUUUAUUAUCUUAGUAACCUAGGUCACCGGUUUUGUGAAUUGAAUAGAUUAUGGAAAUGCUUACCUUUUAGGCUAAUCAAAUUGCCAGGGGGACGGACAACUUCAGAGAUGACAAUGUUAGUAGAACGUAUUCGAUUGUUGCAUGCUGAACUUUCUGAAUUGCUUAGAUUGUUUAGUUUGGGUUACGGACCGGUGUUAUUAAUGUAUUUUACAUUUAAUUUUACCCACGCUUUAAUCGAUACAUUUUUAUUUACAAUAUAUCGGGAUUUUUUUAUAAGUGGUUAUUUUUUUCCAUAUAUAUUCUACCUAAAACAUAUUUUUGACAUGAUUUCAAUCAUCUACGUCACAUCGUGGGUCAUUGAAGAGAAAAGAAGAAUUAUUUCAUAUUUGCGAUUGUAUCGGAUUUCUGAAAUGACCGUUGAUGUUAAAUUACAAAUUAAAACAUUCAUGCAUCAGAUAUCAGUUUAUGAACCAAACGAAUUUACAGCAUUUGGAUUUUUCAAUUUAGAUUUAAAAUUAAUAAUGUCUAUUUUGGUAUUAUUGAUUACUGGGAUCUCUACUAUGCUACAAAUGAAAGACCAUCAUUGGAUAUUGUACUUAAAGAAUGAAUCAUUAAAAAUUUUUCGAAGACGAACAAUACAACAUUAAUAUCUAAAUAGAACAAAGAUACUGAAAUUGGCAUUAGGUAUAAUAAAUAGGCGCGUUACUACAUUUUAUUGUAUUUAACUAUAGUACCUAUCUCAUCUAUUCCUUAAUAUAGAUAUAUUUUAUGGAAAACGAUAAAAUUGUAUUAGUUAUCAAUUAUCAUAAAUGUAAAUACGUAAUAGCAUAUAGAUAAAUUCAUUUAGUCUUAAAUCAAUACAUUCAUUACUCCGUCUCCGUUCAGAAUCUAAAAUAUAAUUUUAUAAUUAUGUAUUAUUAUAUUAGAAUAAUAUAAUAAAGUUUGAGUUCAAUAAUAUAAACUGA